AUGCUUCGGCUAUUUGCCUUGAUUCUGAUUUUGAGUAUUUCUGGACUGCUCGCCGUACCGAAACGACGAGAUGAUGAUCCGAAUCCUCUCCACAUCAGACUCACCUAUUCCCGGAAUCGAAUCCUCGUUGCUCCAAUCACCAUCGGGACGCCAGAUCAAUCACUGAACCUUCUGGUUGACUCAACUGGGGCUGACAGCAUUGUCUUUGAUCAGGAUUGUCUGAGAGAUGAUGGGACGAAAUGCUCAAAUGAUCAAGAACAGAACUACACUCGGACACUUUACUCACCUUCUCAGUCCACAACUUCGAAAUCGCUUGGUUUCGGGUGGAAAUAUGGGGAUGACUGGUUGUCGGCAAAUUGUGACGCAUUCAGCGAUUCCAUCACUUUCGCCGAUUUCCCUAUUGGCAUGGCUUUUGGAUCAGCGAAAAAGUUGACUGGUGAUUGGACAAAAGUGAUAGCUGAUGGGGUUCUUGGACUUGGUUUACCUGGAUCGAACAAUCUCGGUGCAUCAAUCAUCAAAAAUCUCACAUCUACUUAUCCAUCAAACACUCAAAAUCCAAAUAUUGUCACUUUAUGGUUGGAUGACUUCGGUCAAUUGUCCAAGGGUUACUUGACGAUUGGGGAUUAUGACUCGAGGAAUUGUUUCUUGGAUGAUUUAGUCAAUGUCAGUCUAACAUCCGGAGUCGCGUGGGAGUUUCAGAUUCAGGGUUGGAACUAUGGAAAUCAAUCAGCAAAAGGCAGCAUCACUCGCCUAGACACCACAUCGAGAUCGAUUCUCUUCCCGAGAGCUCAACUCGCCGUGAUUGCGCAAGCCGUUGGCGCGAUUUACGAUAACGAGAUUCAAGGGUACUAUAUUCCAUGCGAGAACGCGGUUUUCCUUCCCGAUUUCUUCCUGACAAUCGGCAAUAAACAAUUCAAUAUCCCAUACGUGGAAUACGUUGAAUCGUUUAAAAGCUCGGAUCGUUGCGAGCUGCUCUUCAACGAGAACACGAUUUGGGAGCAGACUCGGUUUGGGCCACAGGUUCGUUUGGGUCAUCCAUUCAUGCGUGCUUAUUGCACGAUUUUCGACUAUGCAACUCCAGCGAUUAGCUUUUCAAAAGCUCAUCAUUUUCAA